GGGAAGUGUGGGGAGACGAGCACGUUACUCCCUCUGCCGCCUGAGUCGAAGUCAGCCAGUGCGACUGAGGAGAAGUCAGUUCCCCAGUCCUCCAUCUGCUCCAGGCCUCCCAUGAGAGCUAGCCCUGUCAAUGUGAGACCAUCUUCUGCAAAUGCAGCACCAGGCUCUGUCAACACGAGACCUGGCCUGGCAAAUCUGAGGCUGGCCACCGAUGCACAAUCCCCUUCCCCCAGCAGCGCUGUCAAAAUAGACUCUGGAACAACCAAAGGUGGCCUGCACUCACAGGAACCUCACAAGCCCCAGGAAUCACAGGGUGGGAAAGAUAUUGGUGCAUCAGAAGCAUCUCGGAGGGCUGCCUUGGUGCAGGCCGGGUCAUCAGGGAGCACACCAACCUGCGCAGGGCGCGGCCGGGUAGCUCAGCUGAUGAAAACCUUCAGUGCCGAAAGCACUACAACCCCCACACAGACCCCCUCUCGCAGCAUCAAGCCUCCUCUCCCCACCAAGCCUAGCCACUUGCGUCUAACGACCACACCUACUGUCAGGUAAUCCUCACACACUGAUGCAGAGACGCCCACCAAGCUUCAAGCAUCCCAGUGAUUCAAAUAAAGACACACUGGACAACGUCAGGCCCCUAAUUUGGAGCUUCAGCCAGUGGGUUAAUUCCCAAAGGUGGAAAAGAAGAACAUGGUAAUGUUCACAAUGUUGCUGUCACUCCUAAACCCAGCAAUGGAAAUGCUUGAAUGUAAUGGUUUUAUUUUAUUAUUGGAUGCUGCAGUACUGUAAACACUCUUUGUGGGAAAGAAAUUCCAAAGCAAUUGAAUGCAAUGUAUAUGUAUUUUUCCAGGGAAUUGAUGACUAUCACAUUUAUUCACUUGGUGUUGAUGCUUUGCGGCUGGGCGUGUGAACACACAAUUUCUUGUCCAAUUCAUAAACCCUAUAAACACAAUAUUGUUACCAUUGACAUUAUUUGUAUUACUUAUGACCAGACCCAAACAGAAUCUGAGGAUUUUGGGUUUUUUUUUUGUUUACAGUUUUCAGCAGUGAUCUAGAAUGAAAAUCUGUGGAAUUUAGUCUGACUGUUUUUCUGCUUGUGGUGGAGAUGUGUUAACAUUCUGAAUUUUGUUUGAAUUUUUUUUGCAUUGUUUCUUAUGAGACAGUUUGCAUGAGCGCAUAUGCAGAUACACGAGUGACAACAGAAUGGGCAUGGGCAGGCAUAAUGAGGUGGAAUAAGGCACAGUAGGGUCCUCCUUCAUCUUGCUGUCUCCUCUUUGGGAAUACUCUAAGGUUGUUUAUUUGUCACAAUGCAAUGUAUGUCUCCCUCUGCCACCUGGCAGGAGCUUCACUGUGACCUGUUGUGGACCAAUGACAGUGCCAAAUUCAUCGUCUGUCACUCCCAGUGGAUCAAGUUAGACAGUUGAUGCCAAAUAAUCCAGUGUUACUCUUCUGCAUUUUUUUCAGUACUAUUCUAGAUAUGUGCGGUUGUACAUUUUUACAUUUUCUAUAGGGGGAAAUAUGUUUUGUAAUGGGAUGUUUAACAUUACUACGAUGCUCACUUGUAAAAUUAAACAUUUUUAUCUUUUUGAUUUCAAGUUUGUAUGGUGCAAUCAAAGAAACAAUAAAAUUGUGUAACUUGUACACCUACUCUUAAAA